AUGGAGCGCUGCGAAGGGGAAGAGCCGGAGCCGGCCGAGGCGCCGCCGGGGACUCGCCUCUUGCUGGCCUUCAAGGCGUUCCUGAGUUCCCGCAAAGGGCUGCUGCUGCUGGCCCAGGCGGCCCUCUCCUUUACCAUCUUCAUCUGCUACAUCGCUUCCACAGCUGCACCUUUCAUGAUGGUGCCGUUACUGACAUUCCUGCUCGCUUUGUGCUUUUUCGUUUCGUAUUCCCUGAAACUGAAUGAGAAGUUCCGAGGCAUCUAUUGGCUUUUGGUGGAUUUUUUGUGUGGAAUUAUUGCUGCUAUUAUCUAUUUUGCCAUCUCCAUUGCUGCUGUUUCUAAAUAUACGGACACUGCAUCGAAGGCAGCGGGGGUAUUUGGUUUUAUUGCUACCGUCGUCUACUGUGCCUAUGUCUAUUUCACCUUUAAUGACCUGGCAACAUUUCUAAAGCAGGAAGAUUCCUCUGAGACCCCCAAACCACAGAAGUCAGAAAAUGACUCAGAUUCAGAUUCCGACUGAAACCUCAGUGGAAAAGGAGGAAGGUGUAAAGAGGAAAAGAGCAAAAGCAGAGGAAGAAUGAAUGUUUUGAGUAUUUUAAUCUUUUUCAGUGAACUUGAAUAUUUUAACAGUGAAUUUUACAGAUUGUUGUUACUACAACUGGGAUCACCAGAAUCAUGCUGGGAACAUUAUUGUGUGUAUAAUUUACACUGAAAAACGUGAUCUACUGCCGAGACUCAGCAUUGCAGUAGACAAUGCCCCCUUAUGUUAUCGGGGUGUAUAUAGUGUAUAUUAACAUCAUAAAAACAUGGACUUUCUUUAGUAGUAAGUAGACAUCCUGAUCAAGUUUACGAACUUUAUUAGCUCUUUUUUUUAAAAAAAAAAAGUUUUCUACUUAUUCCAAGGUUUUUGUUCUUGAGUUCAGAAGACAAUAGCUUGCUUAUUUGUUAGAAGGGGGCUUUAUUGUCAAUUUUAAAACUUAGAUCAAAUUUAAACUCAGGACAAAUUCAGCAAUAAUGGAAAUAUGUUUAAAUCCCUCAUGAAUAAAGCCAAAGUAAGAUGCUUCCUUAAAAUCAUGUCAGAUAUUCAGUAAUUACAUGCCUAGACGUACCAAGCCCCUUUUUAACACAUCAUUCCUCAAGGAAGAUACAUGAAGGUGCUCACACUGAUUGCCACUCCAGCCAAUCAAAUCUUUAUUACAGUCAUAUACCAGCAUAAGAAGGGUGAAAUAUGAACAAUAAUUUGAUAGAUAGGGGGGAAGAUUACACAGUUUAAAAAAAUAAAGACUAAAAAUAAUGUAUAUAUAUUAUUUAGUUUUUUUAAUGUUUUAACUUUAU